AUGCUUUGCGUGGCCCUUGAAGUUUGUUUGUACUCGGCUGUGACUUUGCAGGGGUGGGAUUCGCUUCUGAAGCUUUUGACGGUGCGCACAUCUGUUAAGAACACCUUCCUGGAGGCUUUCGAGGCCGAGUCCUCUCCGACGUCUCCAAGCCAAGAUGCCGCCAAGCAACGAUCGCGCUCCUGUGGCGCGCUGCCAGAUGAUGUCUUUGCACGUCAGACCGGCGAAUGCACAGGACCUGUGGAGAUGCCAGGUCAGGCUACAAGAGCUGAGAUAUCCGGAAGAACAGAUGCCAGGGGAGGAGCUUUCAAGGCUGGUCAAAUGGAAGCCCCAAGCUACAAAGUCAUUGUGAAGAACACCUUUGUGGAGGUGCAGGAGGAUACAUCGCCCAUUGUACUGCGCAGAAGUCAGUCAGAUGGUGAUCUCGAGGUUCAACACGUUGCUGACUUGGAUGUGGGCACCGAAGGAAGAUGUGGGCAGCCUCACCAGGUUCGUUCUUCGGAAGCAAUGGUUCCCAAGUACCAGCCGACUGAAGCGCCACAACAGCCGCCGCAAAUGCUCACAGGCUCCAUGGCUGCCCCAUUGCUGAACCAGGCAAUAUAUCCAGACCAUCGACAAGGAGCUGCCAGCAUGCCUCUGAAUCCCACCAUCGCAUCCUUCGCUGCUGCCCUCGGUGCGAGCUUCGCAAUGGGUCUUGCGCUCCCGCCGCAGCUGUGGGCCGUGCAAAGCGCGAGCAUGGUGCAGUCCACAAGUCAGGCUCACUCCCAGGCGGCUGAGACGGCACCGAUGGUCACUCCGGUCAAGUCACGAAGGCGCCGUGGACGUCGUAGUGGCAAAGCAACCCCAAAGGAGGGGGGCAGUUCCAGCUCCACCACGCCGGAGAAGCUGGAGAAGCCGGUGUGUACGAAGACCGCCAAGGGCAAGCAAGCGUCGAAGGUGCCACAAGGCGCGGCCGAGGCACCGCUGCCUGCCGGCUGGGUCAAGGAGCUGCAGAAGGAGUCGGAAGGAGUGCCUUCCUUGAGGCAGCGACUCGAGGCGUUUCGGGCGCAGCAAGCUCAGCAAACAAAUCCGGUGCAGCAGGCGGCAGCCGUGUUGGCAAGCUGCGACAGCUCUUCAUCCAGCGAGGAGGACCUAAGUGGCGAAUGUGAUCGCGUCCAUGCUGAGCUGCAUGCACGUAUCAAGCAUCACCGAAAGUACAAUGUCAGCCUUGGCGCUGCCGUCACUCGCAGACAGGCUGGCUCCUGA